AUGAAUGAAUCAUAUGGCGCAAUCGAGGAUGCUGCCGGAUCUCAUGGAAGAGUUUUAGGUCUGACAUCUAAUCCUCAGCAAAGUAAAACAUCAUCGCCUCCCCAGAUUGAAGUAGAAGCAGAUGACUCAAGUUCAGUAAAUAGUGAAAUGAUUGAAAACCUUACGCGAAAUCAGGAAAACCAGCCUUUACUUUCACCUGAUGAUCCUAGAGUGACACCUCUUAAUGUAACUAAAGUUAAGAUAUUGAGGGGUUGCCUUCAUUUGCUAUUGGUAUUCAACGUGAUUUGGCUAGUGCUUUCGCUAAUUUCUUAUUUUGUUUCCAUUCCAGGAUUUGACAGCCGUGGAAAGUCAUUUUUCGAGUUCAGCUUCAUCUUGAUCAGUUUAUAUGCGAAUUUCUUGUCUUAUGUGUUCUUUUUGACCCCAUCAGAUUUGAAAAUUGAUUACCUAUUUAAUAUUGCUGGUUUAAUAUUGAUAUCCUUGGAUUUGUUUAUGAUUUUAGUUGUCCCAUAUCAAAGAAGUCAGCAUGGGAAAUCAGAGUACAUCGCCUCAUUUUUCUCAUUGUUUUCUAUUGGACUCAACCUUGUUUCAAACCAGCACGUUUUGAUAGCAAAGAGAGGCGAAGAGGUUAGAUUAACGGGAAGAAUAGAAACUAGAAAAACGCUUAAGGAACACCUCCUGAUAGGGUUAGAGUUUUUUUUAAAGGUAUUGUUGAUUCUUUACAUUGCGAGUAUCAGCUUGAAUAUAUAUUUAAAAUGUAUAGAUUCCGCAGUUUCUAAACCUUGGGGGACUUUGGUGUUCGCAGAUGAUGAGACAUAUAGGAUCCAUCUAUAUUGCCAAGGUGACGUCUAUGGUGACAAAGAAGAUAGCAAUGAUCAACCUAUUGUUCUUUUGGAGUCUGGUCAUGACUCAAGUGAGGAAUUUGUCUCUUGGUUACAGGAGCUUUACCAGCUAAACAAGGUCCACAGAUAUUGUAUCUAUGAUCGUCCUGGCUACGGAUUUUCAGACUCAUCGCCAUCACCGUACUCUUUAGGGAUAAAUUCAGACUUGUUGUCUUCUGUUUUGAUGAAGCAAAAUAUUACAGGCCCAUUUUUAGUGGUUGGUCAAGGAAUUGGUGGGUUGUAUGCUAGAGUAUUUGCCACAAGACACAUCCAUGAAGUUCAUUCUUUGUUAUUAGUUGAUGGUUGGUCUGAAGAAUUGCUUCUUCCAAAUCCCCUCAAACACUCAAAGAGCAAAGAUGCUAUUUUGCCAAGAGAAAUACCAAAAUUAAACAGAAGAUAUGGAUUAAAGCUUUGGUUGAAGGGUGUGUUUUCUUCGGCAAAUAUGAUGAACUUCUACAAUUUAAUUUUUCAUCAAUUUAGAUCAAGCGAAAGGAUUUUUGGAAGAGAUAUGCAUCUCCAGGGAAAAUACUUAAGAGCCAGGCUACAAGAACAAAUUUCUGCGAGUAUUCUUUCAUACAAUGACAUCUUGAUAUCAAAGGAUGCUUUGGAUGAUGCUGAUAAACAGGUUUCUGUGAUAAGUUCUAAGUUCUUGAUUAAGCAGUCAUUGACCUGGGGCAAUUGGCAGAGGGAAUUGACGAAAUUGUCGCACAAUUCCCAUAAUGAAUGGGUCUUGACGGACUCCGGAUAUGAGGUGUGGAAAUAUGUCGAAGGUAGAAAAAGACUUCAGAAGCUCUUGUUAAGAAUGCUAGGAGAAAAUGAUGAUCUUUGA